CGAGCUGGGCCGGGGGCUGCCGCUCCCUCCGUGCCCGGAGCUCUCGUCUCGAUGGAGUCUGAGCUGCUGCAGUCGCCCCUCCUGGGGCUGGGGGAGGAGGAUGAGUCGGACCUGACGGACUGGAACCUGCCCCUGGCCUUCAUGAAGAAGAGGCACUGCGAGAAGAUCGAGGGCUCCAAGUCCUUGGCGCAGAGCUGGAGGAUGAAGGACAGGAUGAAGACUGUUAGUGUUGCCUUAGUUUUGUGCCUAAAUGUUGGCGUGGACCCUCCUGAUGUGGUGAAGACCACCCCGUGUGCCCGCCUGGAGUGCUGGAUAGAUCCUCUGUCAAUGGGUCCUCAGAAAGCUCUGGAAACCAUUGGUGCGAAUUUGCAGAAGCAGUAUGAGAACUGGCAGCCAAGAGCCAGGUACAAGCAGAGCCUGGAUCCGACGGUGGACGAGGUGAAGAAGCUGUGCACAUCGCUGCGGCGCAACGCCAAGGAGGAGCGGGUGCUGUUCCACUACAAUGGGCAUGGAGUGCCCAGGCCGACGGUGAACGGGGAGAUCUGGGUCUUCAACAAGAACUAUACUCAGUAUAUUCCUCUGUCCAUAUACGACCUGCAGACUUGGAUGGGCAGUCCUUCCAUUUUCGUCUAUGAUUGCUCCAAUGCUGGCCUUAUUGUCAAGUCGUUCAAACAAUUUGCACUACAGAGGGAGCAAGAGCUGGAGGUGGCUGCAAUUAACCCAAACCAUCCUCUUGCUCAAAUGCCUUUGCCUCCAUCGAUGAAGAACUGCAUUCAGUUGGCAGCAUGUGAAGCUAAUGAAUUGCUCCCUAUGAUCCCCGAUCUGCCGGCCGACCUUUUCACAUCAUGCCUUACUACGCCAAUCAAAAUUGCUCUGAGAUGGUUUUGUAUGCAGAAGAGUGUCAGACUGGUGCCGGGAGUCACGCUGGAUUUGAUAGAGAAGAUUCCUGGAAGGCUGAAUGACAGGAGAACUCCCCUGGGAGAGCUGAACUGGAUCUUCACAGCCAUCACAGACACCAUUGCGUGGAACGUGUUGCCUAGAGAUCUUUUCCAGAAGCUCUUCAGGCAAGACUUGCUGGUGGCCAGUUUAUUUCGUAACUUUCUCUUGGCAGAAAGAAUUAUGAGAUCCUACAACUGUACCCCAGUCAGCAGCCCCCGCCUGCCCCCCACGUACAUGCAUGCAAUGUGGCAAGCGUGGGACCUUGCUGUUGAUAUUUGCCUUUCCCAAUUACCUACAAUUAUAGAGGAAGGAACUGCGUUUAGGCACAGCCCCUUCUUCGCAGAGCAGCUGACUGCAUUCCAGGUGUGGCUGACGAUGGGUGUGGAGAACCGCAACCCCCCGGAGCAGCUGCCCAUCGUCCUGCAGGUUCUGUUGAGCCAGGUGCAUCGGCUGCGAGCUCUGGAUUUGCUGGGAAGAUUUCUGGACCUGGGGCCCUGGGCAGUUAGCUUGGCGCUGUCUGUUGGCAUUUUCCCGUAUGUGCUGAAGCUGCUUCAAAGUUCAGCUCGUGAGCUGAGACCGCUUCUUGUCUUCAUCUGGGCCAAAAUUCUCGCAGUGGACAGUUCAUGUCAAGCUGACCUCGUGAAGGACAACGGUCACAAGUAUUUCCUUUCCGUUUUGGCAGAUCCUUACAUGCCAGCUGAACACAGGACAAUGACCGCUUUUAUUCUGGCUGUAAUUGUUAACAACUACAACACAGGACAGGAAGCCUGCCUUCAAGGAAACCUGAUUGCUAUUUGCCUGGAACAGCUGAACGAUCCGCAUCCUCUCCUGCGUCAGUGGGUGGCCAUUUGUUUAGGGCGUAUUUGGCAGAACUUUGACUCAGCCAGGUGGUGUGGAGUGAGAGACAGCGCUCACGAAAAGCUCUACAGUCUCCUCUCUGAUCCAAUCCCAGAGGUUCGCUGCGCUGCCGUCUUUGCCCUGGGAACAUUUGUGGGCAACUCGGCAGAGCGGACCGACCACUCCACCACCAUCGACCACAACGUGGCCAUGAUGCUGGCCCAGCUCAUCAACGAUGGGAGCCCCAUGGUUCGGAAGGAGCUGGUGGUGGCUUUAAGUCACCUGGUGGUUCAGUAUGAGAGCAAUUUCUGCACUGUCGCCUUGCAGUUCAUGGAAGAAGAGAAGAAUUACCCUCUCCCUUCUCCAGCUGCCCCAGAGGGUGGGAGUUUGACACCAGUGAGGGACGGUCCGUGCACACCUCGGCUGCGCUCUGUCAGCUCCUAUGGGAACAUCCGAGCAGUGACCACAGCCAGGAACCUGAACAAGUCCCUGCAGAACCUCAGUCUGAACGAAGAAUCUGGAAGCUCUGUUGCGUUUUCUCCUGGGAAUCUCAGCACCAGCAGCAGCGCCAGCAGCACCUUGGGCAGCCCUGAGAACGAAGAGUACAUCCUGUCGUUUGAGACCAUUGACAAGAUGAGGCGAGUCAGCUCUUACUCCUCUCUGAAUUCACUCAUAGGUGUGAGUUUCAACAGUGUUUAUACCCAGAUUUGGAGAGUGCUCCUUCACCUAGCUGCUGAUCCCUAUCCCGACGUCUCCGACUUGGCAAUGAAAGUUCUCAACAGCAUUGCCUACAAGGCAACAGUCAACGCUCGCCCCCAGCGCAUCCUGGACACGUCCUCACUGACGCAGUCAGCGCCUGCCAGCCCCACCAACAAGGGCAUGCACAUCCACCAAGUGGGAGGAUCACCUCCAACCACCAGCACAAGCAGCUCCAGCCUGACAAAUGAUGUGACAAAGCAACCGGUCAGCCGGGACAUCACAUCUGUGCGACCUGCCAAUGUGGGCAACAUGGGGGUUCAGUACACUCCCCACUCCCACCAGUUCCCCAGAACAAGAAAAAUGUUUGACAAAGGGCCAGAGCAGACCACUGAUGAUGCUGAUGAUACCGUUGGACACAAAAGUUUCAUUUCAGCCACAGUGCAGACGGGGUUUUGUGACUGGAGCGCGAAGUACUUUGCUCAGCCUGUCAUGAAGAUCCCAGAGGAGCACGACCUGGAGAGCCAGAUCCGCAAGGAGAGGGAGUGGCGGUUCCUGCGCAACGCCCGGGUCAGGAAGCAAGCCCAGAAGAUCAUUCAGAAGGGCAUCUCCCGGCUGGAUGAUCAGAUCUUCCUCAACAGGAACCCCGGCGUCCCCUCUGUGGUGAAGUUCCAUCCCUUCACACCCUGCAUUGCUGUUGCCGACAAGGACAGUAUCUGCUUCUGGGACUGGGAGAAAGGGGAGAAAUUGGAUUAUUUCCACAACGGGAACCCACGGUACACCAGGAUCACAGCCAUGGAGUACCUGAACGGGCAGGACUGCUCCUUGCUGCUGACUGCCACAGACGAUGGUGCCAUCAGAGUGUGGAAGAACUUUGCAGACCUGGAGAAGAACCCAGAGAUGGUCACAGCAUGGCAGGGGCUGUCAGACAUGCUGCCAACUACACGAGGUCUGGCCCGAAGGGUUUCAAUCUAUCUUGACAGAAGUAAGCAGGGAGGAGCAGGAAUGGUGGUCGACUGGGAACAAGAGACUGGGCUGCUCAUGACCUCGGGAGACGUGAGGAUAAUCCGCAUCUGGGACACAGACAGGGAAAUGAAAGUGCAGGACAUCCCCACCGGGGCAGACAGCUGUGUGACCAGCCUGUCGUGCGACUCCCAUCGGUCUCUGAUUGUGGCAGGGCUGGGUGACGGCUCCAUCCGCGUGUUCGACCGGAGGAUGGCUCUGAGCGAGUGCCGUGUCAUGACCUACAGGGAGCACACAGCCUGGGUGGUGAAGGCGUACCUGCAGAAGCAUCCUGAAGGCCACAUCAUGAGCGUCAGUGUGAAUGGAGACGUGCGCUUCUUCGACCCCCGGAUGCCAGAGUCCAUGAAGGUCCUCCAGAUAGUCAAAGGGCUCACAGCCCUCGACAUUCAUCCACAAGCCAAUCUCUUUGCAUGUGGCUCAAUGAAUCAAUUCACUGCAAUCUACAAUGGAAACGGUGAGCUGAUCAACAAUAUCAAAUACUACGAUGGUUUUAUGGGACAAAGAGUUGGAGCCAUCAGCUGCCUGGCUUUCCAUCCUCACUGGCCUCACCUGGCAGUCGGGAGCAAUGACUACUACAUCUCGGUGUACUCGGUGGAGAAGCGGAUCAGAUAACGGCCGGUGGCAGCGCAGUCCCAGCAGGCGGCGCCUGCCUCCCCCGCGGUGUACAUAGCGAGAUCAUCGACUUGAAUGUUUCGUGUUGGCUGCUGCUGCAACCCGUAACUUGAACGUUUUGGUUCUGACUUAGCUACUGAUGAUUUGGGCGAGGGGAAGAGAGAGACAAUCUCCUACUAUUGUUAUUAUUAUUAUUAUUUUUUUCAUCUGUAUCCUCUCAAAGCUGCAGAAAAAGGAAUAUUUUAUUUUUGUUUCCGGUGGUUGGCUGCUCUGUUAGAAACACAGCUCCUGAGCUUCGGAUGAGGCAGCGCCCUCGAAGAAGGUUCUUUCUUUUGAUCUUUGCUUCCUCGUUUUGCUGGAGCGUCGUUCAGAACUCAUGUCAGGACUCGCUGCAGCUCUGUGAGUCCCAGCUCAUAGAGGGACCCCUCCGGUGCCACCGCCCUGUGCCCAACAGCCAGCCCUGGGCUGCCUGCCUGCAGAGCUGCAUGGCUCCUGCACUGCCCACGGUGGGCAGGGGAUGCAGGGUAAAAUCUUUGUUAUGUGACCCUUGUUCUCAUGUGGUUUCCCUUCCCCUGGAAGAGGCAGAAGACCACACGACAGAGAAGGAAGGCAGAGAUCCUGAGGAAUGGAGCUUGGGGAGAAGACAGGAGCAGGGCAGGAUGCCACCGCACUGUAAGGUUGCACAUCCAGGACAAGAGGGAAGAAAGCAUGGCCAUCCCUAUCAUCCCAGCCCAUCUGGAGCAUGUCACCAUGUAACCACUUUCCACCCGAGCACACGGUGCAGGCUGGGGUAUCUCAGUCACAGUUCUGCAGUCGUUGUCCUUUUGCCCACAGUGAACUCUGCAAACACACUUGCAGAACUUCUGCCCAGCAGAGCUGAGAGGAGCCGAGCUCAAACCACAGCUUUCCUCUCGCUCCAUGUGCUAAAAUUCAGCGAGGUGUUGGACAUUUGCACCUUGGAAGCUGCUUGUAUGCAGUACAGACAUGGUGUGUGUGUGGCUGUGGCUUGUCUGUGCUCCUGCAGAACAGGGUGCAGAACCACACGUCUGAGCACAGAGGAAUCACUAAAGAGAGGGAGGACAGCAAGUCUUCCUGCUUGGAGCAAGCAGCUUUGUCCCAGCUCCCCAGGGAACAGGCAGCUCUGUUAUCUGCACCUUCUGUAAUGAAUGUUUCUAUCCCUUAAAGCCCGGAAUGUGUCUGGAGAUCAGCGUGGGGAAGAGAGAUGCAAAGCCAAAAGGCAGAUUUCUUUCAAGUGCUGCUGAGGUGCAAUUUCCCUGGCCAAGAACCGGACUUGCACCGUGCAAAAGUCACUGUGGCCACUGAGGUUGACUUCCUAAACCCCAAGUCCCCAGGUUCCCUUCGUGGGUCUGCAGGCUCCCAGCACGCUGCCAGAGAUGAGGCGGACGGUGAUGGAGAGGAGAGAAACGUUCCCUUAUGUGUAAAUGGCAGCUUCCCCUCUGCCACGGCUCUGACCCAGCACUGCUCCCUGCACCCCUGAUAACGUCGUUCCCUGUGUUUGCAGGCAGCUGGGUCAUGGAAUCUGCCCCGUGGCUCUGCCAGGCUUGCAGGGAAGCUGCCUACAAAAUGCUGCAUGCACCUCUGGAUGCUCCUUGUGCUGAGCUUCCUUGAACUGCGUGGGCAGAGCGGUGCUGAGGGCUCAGUGCUGACCCCACAAAGGGCCCUCCGCAGGUCCUCAAAGCUCAAAGGCUUUAAACUAAAGGAGAAACUACCUAAAAGUCUACUUCUGAGUUACCAGACGUUACUGAUGAUCUAACAGAGCUGUGCCUCCCGCGCCGGGGGCUCUGCGUAACCGAUUAACACACACAGCUUGAAAGCAAACAAUAGACUUUUUAACUUCUAUCAGUGUAUUUGUCAAAGGAGUGAGAACUGCCUGGCACGAGGGCAUGGUGGCCACCAGGAGGUGGGUUUGUGGCUACCUGGCCUGGUGUAGCUUCCAUCCGAGCACGGUGUGUGUUGGGGGCUGCGUGCUCACAGCUGUGAUGCAGAGAUUCAAUCAUGGGGUUUAACCGAGGGUCUGGAGAGCAUCCUACCUAAAAGUUCACUUAUCUCUAUUUAUUUUACAAAAAUUUAAAAUAUAUAUAUAUAUUAAAAAAAAAAAAAAAUACAAACAAUAAAACCAACACACAAUUGUAAUGUGAGAGUCAAUUACAGACAAAUAAAUGGUUAAUA